AUGAUUGAAACGUUAAUGAAAAUCAAUUCGAUCAUGUAUCAUUGUUCAAUAAUUUAUUCGUCUUGUUAUUUUCUACUGACAUUUUUAUUUUUUUUAAUUCAUCGUACAUACGCUGCACCAUCGUUAAAACUAACAAUAUCACCUGAUAAUAAAUAUAUUGAUCGUGAUAGUGAAAUAUCUAUUUCGUGUGAAUUACGAGAUCCAGCAGACAGCGAGGAUAAACCUGUUUUGUAUUACGUUGAUCCACGUACAAAAAAACGAACAGCCGUAACGCGUGCAUUACUCAAUGGUAAGGGUGAGAAACAAGAUAUACCAGAUUUAUUUUUAAAUAAUCAAGAUCGUGAACGAUAUAAAUAUGAAGGUAAAAAUCGAAUAAAAAUUAUAAAAGCACAACUUAUUGAUAGAGCCGCCUAUGAAUGUGAAUGUCCUGAUUGUGCAAUACCACCGACAAAAGAUCGUAAAGAAUUUUUCGUUACAAAAUAUGUUGACCCAAUAUUAUCUGUUACGCCCAAUCAAUUAGUCGAAGGAGAUAAAGCCACACUUCGAUGUCAAGUCGAUGAAUUUUAUCCUUUUACAAGUCUUGAGAUACUUAUCCAUCAUCAUACAAUGAAAGAUAAAGGUGAAAUGCAAAUUGUCAAUGAUUCAAAAAAUGUUUUUGGACAUAAUUUAAAAUGGAAUGCAUCUAUACCUGUUCAGGCUGAUUGGCAUGAACAUACAUUUCAAUGUAUUGUUAAACAAGGCGAACAGACCAGAAGAAAUGAAAAGAAGUUGAGUGUUUUGUUUAGUCCUCGAUUUUCAGUGUGUCAUGAAAAACAACAUAUUGACCAUGAGAAGAAUGAUGAAACAAAUACCGAACCAAAAAUUGAAUGUUCAUACACUGGAAAUCCCAAACCUCAAAUUGAAUGGUAUAAAGCCAAUAAUGAAAAAUUGAUUGAUGAUUAUAAUAAAGGUGGUAUUAGUAUCAAAGAGGAGUCAGAACCAUUUGGUGUUUACAAAUCUAUUGUUAAAUUUGAUCGUCAAAAAUUAGCCGAAGUUAAAAAUGGUUUUAAAGCAGUAGCCGAUCCUAAUGAAGUGGAUAGUAAUAAAAAUUAUUUUCAAAAAUUAAUUAAUCAAGGAUUUCUUGUUAGAUUAAAUCCUAAUAAUUUAACAAAAAUCAUUACCAUUGUAGCCACGGAAAAAGAAGCAGCAAAUAAACAAUUUGGAAACAAUGGACAUUUAUUAUUAGCAAGAUUAAAUUAUUUAUGUUUGCUAGGAUCACUUCUAUUAUUCUUUAAAAUAUUUAUGAAAUAUUUUCAAUUGUUAUUUCGAAUCAAUCCAUUACAUAAAAAUAUUUAUCGUUCCUAUAAACAUCAAACAAAAAUAUUUGGUUAUAAUCCAAAUUUAAAAAAUACACCAUCAAAUAUUGAAGAAAUUCAAACUAAUUUAACUCGUUACAAUAAAUCUCGUUGUUCAAAUCCAAGUGUGUCAUUAUUGAUUGAUGCCUAUCGAAAACAUGGACAUCAAUUAGCCAAAACUGACCCAUUAGAAUUAGCAGUAAAAAGUACAAUUCCCGAACUCGAUGAUAAUAUAUUUCCACAGUUUACUAUUAAUAAUUCAGAAGAUGUAAAAAAUUUAAUUGGUUUAACAAUUAGUGAUGAAGAAGAUAAACUUCCAUCGAAUAAACAAGAAUGGAUUCAAUUACUUCAAAAACGUUAUUGUGAUAAAAUUAGUAUUGAAUUAGAAUAUAUCGAAAGCGAUAUUGAACGUUUAUGGUUAGCAAGAAGAUUUGAAGAAUUACGAACAUUAAAAUUAGAACCAACUCUUCAACAACGAAUUGCUGAACAUAUGUUAAAAUGUGAGGUAUUUGAUCAGUUUUUGGGUGCUAAAUUUACCACACUGAAACGGUAUAGUGGUGAAGGUGCCGAAGGAAUGAUGGCAUUUUUCGAUUUAUGUUUUGAUAAAUCAGCCCAAUCUGGUGUCGAAAAUGUUGUUGUGUGUAUGCCUCAUCGUGGUCGAAAUAAUCUUCUUGUUUGUAUGUUGAAUUACCCAGCUGCCGUCAUGUUUAGAAAGAUUAAAGGUAAACGUGAAUUUCCCGCUGAUGUCAAAUCAACUGGUGAUGUUUUAUCUCAUCUGUACACAUCCACUGAUCUUGAUUACAAUGGAAAAAAUGUACACGUAUCACUAAUACCAAAUCCAUCACAUUUGGAAGCAAAUAAUCCUGUAGCUGUAGGAAAAGCUCGUUCAAAACAAUUAUCGUUAAAAGAUGGACAUUAUAGUUCAAAUGAUAAGAACGAUGAAACAAGACAUGGUGAUAAAGUAUUAUGUAUACAAGUACAUGGUGAUGCAUCAUUUGCUGGACAAGGUAUUAUACCAGAAACAUUUCAAUUAAGCCAUUUACCAAAUUAUUCUGUUGGUGGUAGUAUCCAUUUAGUUACAAACAAUCAAAUUGGCUAUACAACACCACAGAAUUUGGCAAGGUCGUCUCGUUAUUGUACAGAUUUUGGAAAGAUUGUUAAUUGUCCAGUGAUUCAUGUGAAUGGACAUCGACCAGAGGAAAUUGUUCAAGCUACUCAAUUAGCUUAUGAAUAUCGUUCAUUGUUUCGUAAAGAUAUUAUAAUUGAUAUGGUCUGUUAUCGUCGAUGGGGACAUAAUGAAUUGGAUGAUCCAACAUUUACAAAUCCAAGCAUGUACAAAAAGAUUAACGAAGCAACCAUGUCACCAGCUAGUCAUUAUUUACAAUCACUUAUUGAUUCGACUAUUGUUAAAAAAGGCACUAUGGAUAAAAAAAUAAAAACAUUUCGUGAUAUGCUUGAAGAACAAUAUGCACAAGCUGAUACCUAUCAACCAAAGGCACCUCAUUUGGAACGUCAAUGGUCUGGUUUCAUUCAAGCAAAACCAAAUUGUACUCAAUGGAAUACGGGUUUUAAUUUAUCGUUAUUAAAAUUUGAAACUUUAUCUAAGAAACAAAUUCAUCCAACAAUUGAACGUGCUCAUGUUUUGAAACGUAAACAACGAAUUGACACUGAAAUUGGGCUUGAUUGGUCAACAUGUGAGGCUUUAGCAUUUGGAUCAUUGUUACUUCAGGGUUAUAAUAUUCGAAUAUCAGGACAAGAUGUUGGUCGUGGAACAUUUUCUCAGCGUCAUUGUAUGUUGGUUAAUCAACAAAAUGAUGAUGUUUAUGUACCAUUGAAUUCUUUAUAUGAGAAACAAACUGGUUUUCUUGAAGUUUGUAAUAGUAUAUUAUCCGAGGAAGCUGUACUUGGCUUCGAUUAUGGAUUUAGUAUUGAUAAUCCGAAUAAUUUAGUCAUUUGGGAAGCGCAAUUUGGAGACUUCUACAAUGGUGCACAAAUCAUUAUUGAUACUUAUAUUAGUUCGGGUGAAUUAAAGUUUCUGACACAGUCAGGUCUGACGAUGUUAUUGCCGCACGGUAUGGAUGGUGCUGGACCCGACCAUUCAAGCUGUCAUUUAGAAAGAUUUUUACAGAUAACCGAUAGUAAAGAAGAUGGAAUCGAUGGUGAUGAUGUUAAUAUGCAAAUUGUUAAUCCAACAACACCUGCACAAUAUUUUCAUCUUUUAAGGCGACAAAUGAUUCGAAAUUAUCGUAAACCGUUAAUUGUUGCUGCACCAAAACUUCUCCUACGACAUCCUGAGUGUAUUUCAUCACUGAAAGAGAUGGACGAGGGAACAAGUUUUCAACGCGUACUCGGAGAUAAUCAAGUAGCAGCUGAUAAAGUAAACCGUGUACUAUUUGUUUCUGGUAAACAUUAUUAUACUCUUUGUGAUGCACGUUUGAAAUUAAAGCGUCAAGAUAAUAUUGCUAUUGUACGUCUGGAAGAAAUUUGUCCAUUUCCGGCUGCUGACUUACGUCAAGAAAUAAAAAAAUAUAAAAAUGCCACUCAAUUCAUAUGGUGUCAAGAAGAACAUCGAAAUCAAGGAUUAUGGACAUUUAUAAGUGCACGAUUUGAAAAUAUUUUAGGGGUCAAGUUAAAAUAUGCUGGUCGACAAGUACUCGGGACACCAGCCGUAGCCAUUAAUGAAAUUCAUCUGCAAGAAUGUGAACAAAUUCUUAAAAUGGCGUUUGAAUAG